AAAACAUCCAGUAGCCAUCGGAAAAGUAUCAGUUGUCCAAUCGGUCUUCGUACAGUUACAUCAUCUAAAACAACAUGAAGGUUUUAAUCAUCGCCGCUUUAAUUGUUGCCGUUGCUGCUGAUCAAGCAUAUCAUCAUCAGCCAAACUACUCCCCUUACCCAGAGUACAAGCCGGAGUACAAGCCGGAAUACAAGCCGGAGUACAAGCCGGAAUACAAGCCAGAAUACAAGCCCGAAUACAAGCCCGAAUACAAGCCCGAAUACAAGCCGGAGUAUAAACCAGAGUACAAGCCAGAAUAUCCAACUCAAAAGCCGUACUAUGCAGAACCAGCUUACAAGCCUACUUACCCCGAGUAUAAGCCAGCUUAUACCGAGCACAAACCGGCUUAUCAUGAACCAACGUAUGUCCACCCGGCCCCAGCCUACAAACCCGCAUACAAGCCUGCGUAUCCGGAAUACAAACCGACUUACUCGUCUCCACCACAGUAUCAUCCUUCCUACGCCCCAACAUAUCCAAUCAAAUAUUAAAACAACUGCGUCUUCCAUAUAGCUCAUCAUUUAAAUUUGUCUGAGAUGAAUUUUACUUGAUGUUUUUAUCGGUUUUAAUAAUUUUUUUGUCUCUGAA